AUGAAUACAAAUGAUGAAAUGUCGCAGGUACUCAAUUCAAAUGACGCGAGUCGUUAUUUGUGGCAAAGUUGGCGUUUACUAGGACUACAUCCAACCAAAAAAUAUCGGAAAGUUUACUGGUGCUAUGCAGUGUUCAUUUUCCUAGCUGCUGUUUGGCAUCCAUUUCAUCUAUUGUUGCAGGUAUUCUACAUAGAUGACUACGUACGUGUUAUAAACAAUCUUUCGAUCAGCUUAACGUUACUUUCCGCUACUGUGAAGUACGUGAUCAUGUUUUAUUUCACAACUUCAAAUUUAUAUGAAGCAGGCAAAUAUUUUGAUAAAUUGGAUGGAUUCGCAAAAGACAAUACAUCGGAGAGGGAUAUGAUUAAUACUGAAAUACGAUUGUGUCAUAGAUUGUACUAUGGUUAUAUAGUAGCAUAUACAAUGCCUUUGGUUGGGUUUGCUAUCUUAGGUUACUAUCAGCGUUCAUUACUUUUUGAAGGUUGGUUCCCAUUCGAUUGGACUGCUAGCGAUGCAACAUAUUACGUUGCAUACGGUUUGCAGGUUUUUGGUACAAGUAUAACGCUAAUGCAGAAUCUAACAACCGAUACUUCCCAGCUAUUAUACUUACUUAUUGCGCUGGUACAUUUACGUGUGAUAAAAAGGAGAUUGUCGAAUAUGGGAAAUAUUAUGUCCAAAAAUAGUACAGAGCAGUACGAGGAGUUAGUAAUGUGUGUACAUGUAUUCCAGGAGUGGAUGAGGUGA